AUGAACAGCUCUGAUCAUCAAGAAAGCGCUAGAAGCAAAGAAACCGGAGGUCCUAGACUCUUCUCUGACUUUGGAAAGCUUGCAUAUGACCUCCUACGCUACAGAAUCAAUCAGUCUUUUAACAUCUCGACCAGUAGUGAUAUUGGAUUGACUCUUACCCCGUAUGCUGCCAGACGCAAGAAACUAUCGAAAGCAGGUGUUACAGCAGAAUACAAUCUUGAGGAUACUCAUGCUACUAUUAAGGUGGAUGUUAAUCCGGAAUUACCGAUUUCAACAACUCUCACAAUGAGCAGAACAUGGCCAUUCAUGAAGAACACAGUUUUGGUGAAAUUUCCAGAUUACAACUCUAGAGAGUUUCAAAUUCUGCAUGAGGUUCAAUACUUCCACAAACGAGCUGCUUUAGCCAUGACACUCCCUUUGCUUCGCUCCCCUCUAAUUCAGCUUACUGCAACAGUUGGUACUGCACACCUUGCAUUUGGUAUGGAAACAGUAUACAAUACUAGCUCUAGACAAUUUCUCAUGUUCGACGCAGGCAUUAGCAUGACAAGCCUGAAUUGUGAGGGGUCAAUUAUAUUGGAGAACAAGGGUGAUUCUCUAAGGGCAUCUUAUAUCCAUUAUUUUGAUCAUGAGAGGAAAGUCGCAGCAGUAGCAGUGAUCGGCCGGACGUUAUCAAGAAAGGAGAACGCUUUUGCAGUUGGAGCAUCAUGGAUUAUGGAUGACCUAACUACGAUUAAGGCGAGGUUUGAUAGUCAUGGGAAGCUGGUUACUGUCCUCCAUCAUAAAAUCAAACCCAAGUCAUACUUUACAAUUUCUGGUGAAUUUGAACCCAAAGCCCUUGACAAGACUCCAGAAAUCAGAUUAGGUCUCUCUCUCGUGCUCUGA